GGUUUCCCUCUCUCUCUACCGGCGCUCCGCCGAGAAAGAAAAAAACAACACCGCUUCGCCAAUUAUCUUGAAGUGGAAUCCUCCGUUUUUUAGAUCUUCCGUCCGAGCUUUUUUAAAAAAUAUGUCUGAAGAAGAGAAAUUGUUGAAGGAGGCGAAGAAACUGCCAUGGGAAGACCGACUGUUGCACAAAAACUGGAAGGUCAGGAACGAGGCCAACAUCGACUUAGCCGCUGUCUGCGAUUCCAUCACCGAUCCUAAAGACGCGAGACUGCGAGAAUUUGGUCAUCUUUUCAAGAAGACGGUGGCGGAUUCUAAUGCGCCGGUGCAGGAGAGGGCGCUGGACGCGUUGAUUGCGUUCUUAAGAGCAGCUGAUGCUGAUGCCGGAAGGUAUGCGAAGGAAGUCUGUGACGCCAUUGUAGCAAAAUGUCUUACUGGUCGGCCUAAGACAGUGGAGAAGGCACAGGCAGCAUUUAUGCUCUGGGUAGAGUUGGAGGCUGUGGAAGUUUUCCUGGAUGCAAUGGAGAAAGCUAUAAAGAACAAAGUUGCCAAAGCUGUUGUGCCUGCAAUUGAUGUCAUGUUUCAAGCUUUAAGUGAAUUUGGAGCAAAAAUUGUACCCCCUAAAAGGAUCCUUAAGAUGCUUCCUGAACUUUUCGAUCAUCAAGAUCAAAAUGUUCGUGCAUCCUCCAAAGGACUCACACUUGAGCUUUGUCGUUGGAUUGGAAAAGAUCCUGUUAAGUCAAUUUUGUUCGAGAAAAUGAGGGAUACAAUGAAAAAAGAGCUAGAGGCCGAGCUUGUCAAUGUAACUGGGACAGCCAAGCCAACACGGAAAAUAAGGUCUGAGCAAGACAAGGAGCCAGAACAGGAGGCUGUUACUGAAGCUGCAGGUCCUGGGCCAUUAGAAGAAUCUGCUGCUGAUGUUCCUCCGGAAAUAGAUGAGUAUGAGCUUAUUGAUCCUGUUGAUAUUUUAACUCCUUUGGAGAAGUCUGGAUUUUGGGAUGGAGUGAAAGCUACCAAGUGGUCAGAAAGAAAGGAAGCUGUUGCUGAGUUAGCCAAGCUUGCUUCAGCGAAAAGGAUAGCGCCAGGUGAUUUUACAGAAGUUUGUCGGACAUUGAAGAAGCUUAUCACAGAUGUGAACAUUGCUGUUGCAGUUGAAGCCAUCCAAGCUAUAGGCAACCUUGCCCGGGGUUUGAGAACUCAUUUUUCUGGGAGUUCCCGGUUUUUGUUGCCAGUUCUACUUGUAAGUGCAGUAGGAUUACUUAGUAUGUAUGCACACACUUUUUCUUUUGUUCCAUAUUUUUCAAAAGGAUUAUCUCUCAAAUUGAAUGGAAGCAUUGAUCCCAAUCAACUCGAGGAAAAAUUGAAAGAGAAAAAACCUGCAUUGACUGAGUCACUGACGCAAACUCUCCAGGCUGUUCAUAAGGCUGGGUGCUUGAAUCUGGCUGACAUUGUGGAAGAUAUUAAGACAGCAGUUAAAAACAAAGUUCCUCUCGUUCGCUCUUUAACUUUGAACUGGGUGACAUUUUGUAUUGAAACAAGUAACAAAGCUGUUGUUCUAAAGAUCCAUAAAGAUUAUGUUCCUGUUUGUAUGGAGUGUCUUAAUGAUGGGACACCCGAAGUGAGGGAUGCAGCUUUUUCAGUCUUGGCAGCAAUCGCUAAGUCUGUUGGUAUGAGGCCUUUAGAGAGGUCACUAGAAAAGCUUGACGAUGUUAGGAGAAAGAAGCUUUCUGAAAUGAUUGCAGGAUCUGGAGCUGCUGGGUCUACAGGCACCGUCUCAGCAACAGUUCAAAGCUCAGGUGGUGGCAUGUCUUCCAUUGAGCCCUCAGAUUCAUUUGUUAGAAAGUCAGCAGCAAGUAUGCUUAGUGGAAAGAAGCCAGUUGCAGCAGCUCCUGCUAACAAGAAAGGAGCUUCAGUUAAGUCUAGCACCAACAAAAAGGGGGAUGGAGCAGGACGUGUAGACACUUCAAAAUUGACAGAACCGCCUGAAGAUGUUGAGCCAGCAGAAAUGAGUCUUGAGGAGAUUGAAAGCAGAUUAGGUUCUCUCAUUCCAUCAGAUACUAUCUGUCAAUUGAAGAGUGCUGCAUGGAAAGAACGUCUAGAAGCCAUAACCUCACUGAAACAACAAGUUGAAGCUGUGGAGGCGCUUGACCUCUCAGUGGAGAUUUUGACCCGUUUUCUUUGUGCUGUUCCUGGUUGGAAUGAGAAAAAUGUUCAGACUAAAGAGAAAGCCAUCAUUGAUGUGGGUUGGUAUUACUAUUAUCACCUCCUCAUACUGAUGUGUCUCCCAAGGAAAUCCAGGACUUGCUGGCGCGGGAGGUCUUCAGAGAUCAGCCUGGAAAAUUUUCAUUUUGGCUGUUCCCAAAGGGAGGGGAGAGCUAAUGGUAUGGCUGCUGGACCAUGGGCUGUUCAGCAGCAAGUCAUUGAAGUUAUCACUUUUUUGGCCUCAACUGCCAAGAGAUUUCCAAAGAAAUGUGUUGUCCUUUGUCUUCAAGGUAUAAGUGAACGGGUAGCAGAUAUUAAGACCCGUGCUCAUGCUAUGAAGUGCCUUACUACUUUCUCUGAGGCAGUAGGUCCAGGGUUUCUGUUUGAAAGACUCUACAAAAUCAUGAAAGAUCACAAGAACCCAAAGGUUCUUAGUGAGGGUUUGCUAUGGAUGGUUUCUGCUGUUGAAGACUUCGGUGUAUCAAAUUUGAAACUGAAGGACCUAAUUGAUUUCUGUAAAGAUGUUGGGCUGCAGUCCAGCACUGCUGCCACUCGAAAUGCCACCAUUAAGGUUUUGGGUGCCUUACACAAGUUUGUGGGCCCAGAUCUCAAAGGGUUUCUUACUGAUGUUAAACCUGCACUGCUGAGUGCACUUGAUGCUGAGUUUGAAAAAAAUCCAUUUGAGGGUGCUUCUGCCGCUCCAAAGAGAACUGUCAAGACAUCAGAUUCCAAAGAAUCCUUGUCUGCUGGUGGACUAGAUAGCCUACCACGUGAAGAUAUUAGUGCAAAAAUCACUCCUACACUGUUAAAGAGCUUGGAAAGUCCUGACUGGAAGGUUCGUUUGGAGUCAAUAGAAGCUGUCAAUAAAAUUGUGGAAGAGGCUAAUAAGCGGAUUCAACCCACUGGAACUGGGGAAUUAUUUGGUGCUCUGAGGGGCCGUCUGUGUGACAGCAACAAAAAUCUAGUUAUCACAACUUUGACAACUAUUGGUAUUGUUGCAUCUGCAAUGGGACCAGCUGUUGAGAAGGCAAGCAAGGGUAUUCUGUCAGAUAUCUUGAAAUGCCUUGGUGACAAUAAGAAGCAUAUGAGAGAGAGCACUUUGUCUACUUUAGAUUCCUGGCUUGCUGCAGUUCAUCUUGAUAAAAUGGUUCCUUACAUCACAACAGCAUUAAUAGACACAAAGCUUGGUGCAGAGGGGCGUAAAGAUCUUUUUGAUUGGUUGUCCAGACAACUCUCAGCACUAGGUGAUUUCUCUGAUGCAGUGCAUCUGCUUAAACCAGCUUCAUCUGCUAUGAUGGAUAAAUCAUCUGAUGUUCGCAAAGCAGCAGAGGCAUGCAUUGGUGAAAUUUUAAAAGUUAGCGGACAUGAAGCAAUUGAAAAGAAUCUUAAGGAUAUACAGGGGCCUGCUUUAGCUUUUAUUCUUGAGCGGGUAAAACCUGGGGCUUUGCAAGAAGCAUUUGACUCUUCCAGAGGAACUUCUACGGGGGCACAAAAAGGCAUUCCAAAGGUUGCAAAAUCUACUUCUAAUGGUAUUUCAAAACAUGGAAAUAGAGGUUUAAUUACGAGAGCUCUCCCUACAAAGGGAUCAAGACCAGAAACAAUGCUGUCUGUUCAAGAUAUUGCUGUCCAGUCUCAGGCUUUAGUAAAUGUUAAGGAUUCAAAUAAGGAGGAUAGGGAAAGAAUGGUGGUUCGGAGGUUUAAGUUUGAGGAGCCACGAAUUGAGCAGAUCCAAGAUCUUGAGAACGAUAUGAUGAAGUAUUUCAGAGAGGAUUUGCAUAGGCGAUUAUUGAGCACAGAUUUUAAGAAGCAAGUUGAGGGUCUUGAAAUGCUUCAGAAGGCACUUCCUUCCUUAGGGAAAGAAUUAAUUGAGGUUUUAGAUAUACUUUUAAGGUGGUUCGUUUUGCAGUUCUGUAAAUCUAACACGACAUGCUUGUUGAAGGUACUGGAGUUUCUUCCAGAGCUUUUUGACACAUUGAAGAGUGAGACAUAUGGGUUAACCGAGUCAGAAGCAGCAAUUUUUCUUCCUUGCUUGGUGGAGAAGUUGGGACAUAACAUUGAGAAAGUGCGGGAAAAAAUGCGGGAAUUGAUGAAACAAAUAGUUCAUAUGUAUUCUGCCACAAAAACUUAUCCUUAUCUUUUGGAAGGCUUGCGUUCAAAAAACAACCGUACACGGAUAGAGUGUGUUGAUCUUGUUGGAUUUCUGAUCGAUCAUCAUGGAGCUGAGAUCAGCAGUCAAUUGAAAUCAUUGCAAAUUGUUGCAAGCUUGACAGCAGAACGAGAUGGUGAAAUUAGGAAAGCUGCUCUGAAUACAUUGGCCACUGGCUAUAAGAUUCUUGGUGAGGAGAUAUGGAGAUAUGUAGGGAAGCUAACGGAUGCUCAAAAAAGCAUGUUAGAUGAUAGAUUUAAGUGGAAGGUCCGGGAGAUGGAGAAAAGGAAGGAAGGAAGGCCUGGUGAAGCACGAGCUGCAUUAAGGCGAUCCGUUAGAGAAAAUGGGCCCGAUGUAGCAGAGCAGAGUGGUGAAAUUUCACAAUCUGUUUCUGGACCAAUAUUUACAAGGAAAAAUUAUGGCCAUUCAGAGAUAAACAUCGAGAGACAUUUAAUGCCCAAUACACUUAGUGUCACUGGCCCCACGGACUGGAAUGAAGCUCUGGAUAUAAUUUCUUUUGGUUCCCCUGACCAGUCUGUUGAAGGAAUGAAAGUUGUCUGUCAUGAAUUGACCCAGGCUACUAGUGAUCCUGAAGGCAGUUUGAUGGAUGAACUUUCAAAGGAUGCUGAUAGACUUGUUUCAUGCUUGGCGAAUAAGGUAGCCAAGACUUUUGACUUCAGUUUGGCUGGUGCAUCAUCAAGGUCUUGCAAAUAUGUCUUGAACACACUAAUGCAGACAUUUCAAAAUAAGAGGCUUGCUCAUGCUGUCAAGGAGAAUACUCUCGACAAUCUAAUUACUGAACUUCUUCUUUGGCUUUUGGAUGAAAGAGUUCCCCACAUGGAUGAUGGCAGCCAGCUUCUGAAAGCUUUGAAUGUCUUGAUGCUCAAGAUACUGGAUAAUGCAGAUCGAACUGCAUCCUUUGUUGUGCUGAUUAAUCUCCUGCGUCCACUGGAUCCCUCAAGAUGGCCUUCGCCUGCAUCAAAUGAGGCAUUGGCAUCAAGAAAUCAGAAGUUUUCAGAUCUGGUUGUCAAAUGUCUUAUUAAACUUACAAAGGUUCUCCAAACCACUAUCUAUGAUGUUGAUCUUGACCGCAUCCUUCAAAGCAUCCAUGUGUAUCUGCAAGAAUUAGGGAUGGAAGAAAUCAGGAGAAGAGCUGGAGCUGAUGACAAACCAUUGCGUAUGGUAAAAACUGUUCUGCAUGAGCUUGUUAAGCUUCGUGGAGCUGCAAUAAAGGGGCAUCUGUCUAUGGUUCCGAUAGACAUGAAACCUCAGCCAAUUAUUCUUGCCUAUAUUGAUCUCAAUCUCGAGACCUUAGCUGCAGCAAGAAUGUUGACCUCUACUGGCCCUGUGGGUCAAGCCCAUUGGGGUGAUUCAGGAGCCAACAAUUCAUCUCCAACAACAAAUGCUGAUGCCCAGUUAAAACAAGAACUUGCUGCAAUAUUCAAGAAAAUUGGAGAUAAGCAAACAUGUACGAUUGGCCUAUAUGAACUGUACCGAAUCACUCAGCUAUACCCCAAGGUUGAUAUAUUUGCUCAGCUCCAGAAUGCUAGUGAGGCAUUUCGCACUUAUAUUAGAGAUGGCUUGGCACAGAUGGAGAAGAAUGCAGCGGCAGGAAGGACUCCUUCAAGUUUGCCAAUGUCAACUCCUCCUCCUGCUUCAUUGACUGUUUCAUCCCCUGAAAUUGCUCCUCUUUCCCCUGUACACACAAAUUCCUUGAGUGAAACAAAAUCCUUAAAUAUAAAAACUGAACCAACAAACUUUAAUUUGCCGCCACCAUAUACUGAAGACUACAGAGUCAGUAACGCCAUAAAUUCUAGAGGUCUGUCUGGUGAGAAUGCAUUGGGUGACCAGCGAAAUGACAGAUAUGUCAGUGGGGUAACCAGUGGUACUUUAGAUGCAAUCAGAGAAAGGAUGAAGAGCAUGCAGUUAGCAGCAGCUUCUGGAAACAUGGAUUCUGGACACCGCCCCAUGAUGUCCAUGAAUGACACUUUAAAUUAUGGGCUCUCUGGUCAGAGUCGGACAGCAGAUCAUCCUGUCGUUGAAAAUCCCGUGCAGGGUGGGGUACUUCCCAUGGAUGAGAAAGCGCUCUCUGGGCUUCAGGCACGAAUGGAGAGGCUUAAAAGUGGAGCACUCGACUCUCUGUAAAGUAUGAGACAUGGGCCAGAGAGUCUUAUCUCUUGCGUAGUCUUCUGUAAAGCAUAAUUUUGUAAAUGUGGGCGAGCCAGAUUGCAAACCAAGGGAAGUAGCUGGUGGAACUGGAAAAUGCACUGUACAGUGAAACCCUCAUCAUCUCUGUAUAUUGUACUUGAGGUUCUGGGUUUCUCUGUUAGAUUUUCGUUGUAGCUCAAGUUAAAAGAAACACACAAUUGAUAGAUUAAAGUUUUGUUGAAACAGAAAAGGAAUGGUGUGGAAGGCUGUAUUCUUUAACUUGAUAUAUGAUACAAAAGAUUUGGGAAAUUUCUUUAGAG